AUGAUUGAAGAAAUUCUGGUCGGGAUGACGCCCAUCCGGGCAUUCCUGUGGUUUCUGGGUAGUUUCACGCUCUUCUGCGUGUUCCGCAAGUUCCAAGCAUCUGUGCAGAUCGCGCGCCUCGGUGUCCGCGCUCCCAAGGUCAAAUUCCGUCUUCCUUAUGCGCUCGACUUCAUGUAUAAGAGCCACCUAGCUAACCUCAAGCACGAGGAUAUCGAAUUUUGGAAUGAAACCAUCCUCGCCGCCAGUGGACGACAUAACUGCAAGACUGCCGAGCUUGACGCCGGCAUCUCCACCCGUUUGGUUCUCACCAAGGACACCGAGAACAUCAAAGCGCUGCUCACGGGACAGUUCGCGGACUACGGCAAGGGAGAGCCGUUCCACCGCGAGUGGAAAGAGUUCCUAGGCGACAGCAUCUUCGCUACCGAUGGAGAACUAUGGUCACGCUCGCGCCAGCUCAUUCGCCCCAUGUUCGCGCGCGAGCGGCUGGUCGACACCGAGAUCUUCGAGAAGCAUGUGCAAAAGCUGAUCCCUCUUCUCGGUGGGAGCCCACAUGGCAGCAAGGUGGUCGACGUAGGCUCGCUAUUCUUCCGGUAUACCCUCGAUGCCGCAACAGACUACCUGCUCGGCCAGGGGACAGACAGCCUAGAGAACCCAGCGACAGGGUUCGCAGAGGCCUUCAGAUAUGUGCAACAGCGCCAGGCAGAGCUUUUCCGCUUUGGAGUCUUCAACUUCGUCAUGUCACGCACCGAGUUCCGUCGCAACCUGAAGAUCAUGGACAGCUUCCUGCAGCCGUACAUCCAAACCGUACUAUCCAUGUCCUCCGCCGAACUAGACCAGAAGCUCUCCAAGCGCGAGACCUUCCUCCACGCCCUCGCCCGCUUCACGCGCGACCCCCAAGUACUGCGGGACCAACUCGUAGCCGUCCUCCUCGCUGGCCGCGACACAACCGCCGGCACGCUUUCAUUCUGCCUCUUCGAGCUCGCACGGCACCCAGAAGUCGUCACCAAACUGCGUGCCGAGAUCCGUGAGCGCCUCGGCGUCGGCGCAGCCGGCCAGAAACCCACCUACGACGACCUCAAGGCCAUGAAGUACCUCAACGCUGUCAUCAAUGAAACCAUGCGCUUCUACCCCGUCGUCCCCUUCAACGUGCGCUACUCGCUGAAAGACACCACACUCCCGCGCGGUGGGGGGCCCGACGGUAUGUCGCCCGUCGGCGUGCGCGCCAACACGCGCAUCAUUUACUCGACGCUGCUCAUGCAGCGGGAUCCGGAUUUGUACGAUGGGCCAGACUCGAAGCACUUUUUUGAUCCGCAGCAGUGGAUUCCUGAACGCUGGAUGGAAGGGUGGCAGCCGCGGCCCUGGCACUUCAUUCCGUUCAAUGGUGGCCCGCGGAUCUGUAUUGGGCAGCAGUUUGCUACGAUUGAGAUGGGGUAUACGAUUAUUCGGAUUCUGCAGGCUUAUGAACGAAUCGUUGCGCUCCCGGUCAGCGGGGAGGAUUGCGUGAAGGAUCCUGUGUUGCGGUUAGAGGUUACGAUGAGCCCUGGGGCGGAGUUUAAUUGUGUGUUUGUCAAGGACGGGGAGGAAUUCAAAACGGCUGGUACGAAGUAA